AUCAAAUUAGUUGAUUAAUAUGAAAGCAACCGUCAUUUUGGGCUCAGUGGAAAUUUGUAUUGUGAUUAUUCUGAUUGUUUCAAUUUUUGGUUCAUCUGGAAGGCGUCCUGGAAGGAUUCAAUAUCAUAGACAUGGUUAUAAUGGCGGAGAUAGUUAUGAAUUCGGUUUCAUUUCCUUUUCUAAAGUUAAUCCACAAAGUCGCCAUGAAGAAAGAGAUGAAUCUGGACAUGUUAGAGGAUAUUAUUCGUAUAAAGAUCCUUAUGGGUUGAUAAAAUAUGUUCAAUAUAUGGCUUCGCCUGAAACAGGUUUCAGAAUCACUAGAAGCUGUUUAUUUGAUCCAAACACAGGUAAUUUGGUGCAUCAAGUUAACAAUCGAGUGACUAGGUUGAAACGUAAAAGGAAAGGGCCAGUCUGAGACAAUUUGAAUCAUUUUUUAACUAGUUAGCUAUCAUUUCUCGAUUAAGUACAAGUUGAUGGAAUGGUGAUGGGCAAAUAUAAUCAUUUGUAUCGACAUUCAAUGGAAAGCUUUUCGAAUUUUCCUUGUAAAAUAAGAUUAUGGUCAUGAUAUUCAUGAUUUGAACAUUUCUGCAAAUAAUUGAAAGCUGCACUGCUAAAGGUUUGUGUACUUUGUUUUAUUUAUAACUUGAAUUGAACAGUUUUGUUUUUUAUUGUGAUGCUGUAAUUUUGAAAACAAUAAAUUGAUCAUGAAGUUUUUCUGCUCCAUUACUGUUAA